GACGAAGAAGAAGAAGAAGCAGCUGUUUAUCUUCAGUCAGCACCGUUCGUAUGUACCUCAAUAGUCAGCACAGGAUUUAAGUGGUUUUCAGCAUGAAAUGGCAAUGAGUCAGUUUCCCUUCUGCGUAAUAGCCUGGAAACGCUAAAGAUUCGGUGUUGCACGUCUGGACCAAAGCCUCCGGUUGUUUUCGUCGCUGUUCUGGUGCAGAAGGAUAUGGUUUUCUCAUCGUCCCAGCAAGUGGUGGUCGCAUUUACGGCGGUGUUGUUUGCGUUUGUGGUGUUCCCUAGAAUGUUCGGCGUAGGGUCCGGAGCGAAGGAAACAAGAGGUUUUGAUGCACGCUACAACAGAAAAGCGGGUCCGGGACCAGGACCAGGUGCAGUGAGAGGGCAGCCGGUCAACAAGAACACGGCUGGCUCCAUGAACAAAGCUCAGACCCUGGAGAACAUGCAGCAGAUGAAGGUGCUGAUGGAGCAGGAGAUGAAGGGUGACAAAUACAAAACCAACAGCAACAAGGGCUACGUGUUCACGCUGAUGCCGCUCUACGCCGUCGGAGUCGGCCUCUUUGCAGCGUACAAAUUUCUGAAGAUCAAGUCUGCAGAUGACUCCCAAGCCCAAAAGAACAAGGAUGCCAAAGGUCCCAAGAAGUCGGAGGAGACAGAGAAUCAGCUUACAGAGCUGGAGCAGCGGCUAGCGCAAACAGAGAAGAUGCUCAACUCCAUUCUCACCCAACUGGACCCAUUGACAAGUUGUGUCAAGUCUGUGGCCCAGGAACAGAAGAACGAGAUCAUGUCCCAGCUCCAGUCCAUCCGCCACCUGAUGAAGAAGAGAGGCAUGGACUGUCCACCCCUUAACAUUGAAGAGCCGCGGUGCGAGAGGAACCUGGAUGACCUCAUCGAGUCUCUGGCAGCCCACGGCGACACCUCGCCAGAGGUGGUCGCUCCUGCGGAAGACGAUCAAAGUGGUGUCGUGAAAGAGGAGGAGCCAGUCCACCUCCAGCAGCACCGCCCUGAAUCCAAGGAUGAGUACUCGGCAACCGACGCUGAGGAGGAGGACAUGCCCUCCUUGGAUGAUUCUUGUGAGACCAACAUUGAGGACAUAGGCCUAGCCCAGAGCAUUCCAGAAGAAAUGCCUUCAACUGGGCUCAGACGACGCAACAGGCUGGAAUGAACAGAAAAAAGGGCUUGUUUUAAACUGUACAUGAAUAAAGCCAUGUAUUUUCUCAUUCUUAA